AUGGCAUCCGCAACAGUAAUCACAUCCCAGCCCAUUUCUCUAAACCAGCCUCACCUCGCGGCUGAUGGCUCGGAAGAAGAGGCUGCCAAAUGGGCCUCCAUCAUCAAAGAUAAUCUGACUCGACUGGAAAGCCCCGAAAACAUCGACAGGGUUAUCCUAUUGGCGCCUUCCGAUGCCAACAAUACCAGUCUCAUCCAGAAGACCGCAGCUCGCAUCUAUCCCGCUGGUGCUGGUAACGAUGCCCCGGAGGUCCGUUACCAGAAAGAUCUGGCCAAGCUACGAGAAGCCGUGCGACGAGCCGGGCAUACAAGCGCGGGCGCCAGUACGGCAGCAAAGAAAGAAGUAUCCCAAGAGCCGCAACCGCGUUGGUCCGAUCGGAUUCUGGCGCAAGGGCCGUGGGAUCAGACAGUCGCUCCCGACAUGCUCAAAGGGGCCCCCAGUCUGCCCAUGCCAGUUGAGAUCAGCGAUGCCGACUCGCUAAGCCCCUUUUUCGACCAUCUCCAGCUCGGCGGUAAUCAUGAAACUGCGACAGAUCCCACCAGCCAGGGUCAGAGAGCAUCCGAGCCCUACUACGAUCUCCCCACCCUUGAGUUCGACAAGGGUGUUCUAUACGAGGACGGCCGGAUGGACCUGUGCAAAAUGGCUCUGGGUCCACCCAAUAUCACCCGACUGAUGCAGAGUCUGCGGUCCAACACCUUUGUGCGCCAUUUCCUGCUCGGCAAUAACAUCAUCGGGCCUGUUGGGGCACGAUCGAUCGCACAGUUCGUGCGAGACUAUCCCGACCGCAUCGACACGUGGUACCUAGCCGGGAAUUGCAUCGACGGAGACUCAUUCUCGCCCUUGGCCGAUGCAUUGGUCAACUCGCCAGCCGUCACGAAUCUCUGGCUCAAGCGGAAUCCGCUGGGACCGCAGUCGGUCGAUGCGCUCUUCCGUCUGAUUACACAAACGCCCAAUCUGCGAACCCUCGAUCUUGACCAGACCGAGCUCGGAGACGCGGCAAUUGCAGAGCUAUUCACCAGGCUGGCCGAAAAUGUUUCUACAGCUCCAUCUCCUCUGCGGAUUCUGUAUAUGUCUGCGACUGGGGUAUCGACGGCAGCCUGCGAGGCCAUCGCUCGCUACCUAGCAUCGCCGAAGUGUCAGCUCUCUUCCCUGUACUUGUCCAACAAUCCGAUCGGUGACCUUGGUGCCAAGGCCUUGACACAUGGACUGCAAAAGAACAAGACUUUGCAUCGUCUGUCGCUGCAAUCGAUUGGGCUCACAGAUGAGGGUGCAGCGCCACUGAUCACCUCGUUGCAUGCGCACCCUGCUCUCGAGACCCUGGAUCUCGGCCAGAGCUAUGCCACACAGGACUUGAAUGCCAGGUUCAAUUACCUCUCUGGUGAAUCCACGAUCAACGCCUUGUCUACCUUGGUAACUGCCUCAUCAUCUCUCUCCUACCUCGCCCUUGGUCCACAACCCUUCUGCACCACCACCGCUCUACCUUUCUUGACAGCCGCGCUGGAAUCGAAAUCGAUCAUGUAUCUCUUCCUGAAACCGCUCAUUCCUUCGCGCGCAACUCCACGCGACAAUGCAAAGUACGCCAGUCUCUCCAAGACUCUGCACACACACUGCCUGGCCAAUAUCCGCACGCAUUACAACAAUCCUUCCCUGACAUACAAGGAGUGGGAGGAUGAGCUGAAACGCUGGUGCGUGAGUGACGAGGAGAGCGUGCGCAAGAUUGACAGCGUGUAUCGCAAUCGCGCGGCGCAGAAAGCCCGGCGCGGCGAGGAGAUUCUGCGCAAAUGGUGGGGGGAGGAGGAGAAAUCAGUGAUGGAGGAAGUGAUGCAGGCUGGGCAGUAA